AUGGACCUCUCCACCAACAUAUUCGAACAGUCAUUCUACGGCGAACAGGAGCUUUUCGACAGGAUCAACUCAUCGCACCAGACCGAGGCCCCGCGAUCUGAGGCAUCGGAAAUAGGAACAGAGGCUGCCACUAUCCUGUUGACGAUGGCGGGAGAGCCACAAGAUGACGACGAUCAGCAGGACAGAGGAGAGUGGGUUUACAGCGAGCCUCGACAGCUUGGGCUUUUCGAAAUCACAGGUUACCAUAGGCUGGGAUGCGACAUGAAGAUGGAAACAGGGGCUAGUGUGCAGUUCGCAGUCUCUGCAUCUGUGGCAGGCAAGUUAUACUCAAAGAUCGCAAAGCCGCUGUUGUCUGUCAACUUGUCGAUGCCGCACUUUAGAGAUGGCGAGGUGUGGGUGACCCUGUGCGUGAUGAUGCCGAACAAAGUCUGCUACGAUCUUUCACAAGUUGUGGGAAACCUGAUGCGGGUUUGA